AUGUCAGCUACUAAUGACACAACUGAUUUACCAUCAGAAACUAGCAUUGCUUUAGCAUUUUUAAUGAGCUUACUAGCUUUUGCUAUAAUGGUAGGAAAUGCUGUGGUCAUUUUAGCUUUUGUGGUGGACAAAAACCUUAGACAUCGAAGUAAUUACUUUUUCCUUAACUUGGCCAUUUCUGACUUCUUUGUUGGUGUGAUCUCCAUUCCUUUGUACAUCCCUCACAGGCUGUUCGACUGGAAGUUUGAAGAUAACAUCUGUGCAUUUUGGCUCACUAUUGACUAUCUUUUGUGUACAACAUCUGUGUAUAACAUUGUACUCAUCAGCUUUGAUCGAUACCAGUCAGUCUCGAAUGCUGUAUCCUACAGAGCUCAACACACUGGGAUCUUGAAGAUUGUGGUUCUGAUGGUGACCAUCUGGGUAGUGGCCUUCUUAGUGCAUGGGCCAAUAAUUCUAGUUUCAGAGGCCUGGAAGAAUGGGAAGGGGGACUGUGAACCUGGAUUCUUUACAGAAUGG